AUGGCAGGCGAACCAAGAGAAAAAGUUGAAGUCUCCGAUUCCGAUCCGGGCCCGGAAACCAAAGAGAUUACGACUCAGGACACGGCGGAUCCCGGCCGCACGUCAAAGGAAGCAUCAGAAGGAGAUAAGUAUGGCUCAACCGACGACCAUGUAUUCUCCGAUCCGUCUGUAGCUGAAUACUGGCGCGCCAAGUACGAAAAGGCCAGCUAUGAGAACCGGCACCGCUUCGAUCCGGAGUACAAGUGGACGGCGGAGGAGGAGCGCCGGCUGGUGAGGAAGGUCGAUGCCAGGAUUAUGGUUUGGGCGUGGCUGAUGUUCUGUGCGUUGGAUAUGCACAGGAGGAAUAUUAACAGAGCUAUUUCGGAUAAUAUGCUGGCUGAAAUUGGCAUGAACACGAACGACUUCAACUAUGGACAGACUAUCUUUCUUGCUUGUUUCUUGGCUGCGGAAUUGCCUAGUGGACUAAUUAGCAAGAAGCUCGGCGCUGAUGUCUGGAUCCCUACGAUUAUGGUGGGCUGGUCCAUCGUUGCGCUGUCGCAGGCGUUCCUCAAGAACAGGGCCGGCUUCUACGCUAUCAAAGCUCUGCUGGGCUUGUUGAUGGGCGGGUUUAUCCCCGACAUAGUCCUCUGGCUCACAUACUUCUACAAAAGUAGAGAGCUACCCCUUCGCUUGGCCUGGUUUUGGACCGCUCUUAGUACGGUGAAUAUUGUCGGUUCGUUGCUAGCCGCUGGAAUUCUUCAGAUGCGUGGGAUUAAUGGGUGGAGCGGUUGGCAGUGGCUGUUCCUCAUCGAGGGGUUAAUAACGCUGCUCAUAGGAACAUUUUCUUGGGGUCUAAUGCCACCAGGACCUACUCAAACACGACAUUGGUUCCGGGGUAAGAAUGGGUGGUUCAGCGAACACGAAGAGCAUAUAUUGGUCAAUCGACUCCUCCGCGAUGACCCGAGCAAGGGAGACAUGAACAAUAGGCAAGCCGUGGGGCCUAGUCUACUCUUGAAGGCCGUCAAGGACUGGGAAAUGUGGCCGCUGUACAUCAUCGGCCUCACAACGUACAUCCCGCCCGCACCACCGUCCAACUACCUGUCAUAUAUCCUACGACAGCUUGGGUUCUCAGUAUUUGAGGCCAACCUCCUCGCGAUCCCAUCGCAGUUCCUAUUCGCUGUCAAUCUCCUUAUCGUAACGUGGGUCUCGCGACACUUCAACGAGCGGUCCAUCAUCUCGUCCAGCUCCAACAUCUGGAUAUUCCCAUGGAUCCUCGCACUAGUCCUCCUACCGGAGAACGCAUCUCCAUGGGUCCGAUACGCCAUGCUGACGGGGCUUCUCAGCUACCCCUAUUGCCACGCCAUCCUCGUGGGCUGGAACGCGAAGAACAGCAACGCGGUGCGAACACGCGCGGUCUCAGCAGCGCUAUACAAUAUGUUCGUUCAGAGCGGCAACAUUAUCGCGAGCAAUAUCUACCGCGAUGACGACCAGCCCUUGUACCGGCGUGGCAACCGGGUUUUACUGGGGAUUACGGUUUUCAACAUCCUGCUAUUUUACGUCGUGAAGGCGUUUUACAUUUGGCGGAACAAGCUGCGCGAUAGGAAGUGGAAUUCGAUGACGCAGGAAGAGCAGGAGAAUUACAUAUUGACGACGAAGGACGAGGGAAUGCAGAGGCUUGAUUUCCGCUUCGUUCACUAG